AUGAAAUGUAGAGCAUACUUUAAAGAUAAACCCUUGAGUGAAAUUGAUGUAGAGGGAUUAAGUAAGUUUAGAGAAAAGUCUACAUGGUACCCGAGUAAAGUGGACCCAGCAUUAGAAACAUUUUUGAAUGCCUUGCAAGAUAAGGUAUUGGCUAUUAAGGAAAGGGGACAUAAUUUUAGUAAUUUGAGUGCGGAAGAGCGAGAAGCUUUUAAGAAUUUAAAGGGAUAUAGGGAUAUAGUAAUAAAAGGGGCUGAUAAGGGGUCUGCGGUAGUGGUUUGGGGAUUAGAGGAUUAUUGUAAGGAAGCUAAUAGACAAUUGGCUGAUGUUUUAGUUUACGAAAAUGUAUCGGAAGAAGGAAAUCCACUUGCAAAGAUUUCAGAAAUAGUUCGGAAUAAAUUAGAGAAUUUGAAAGGAAAGGGGGUUAUUAGCGAAAAGAAUUUUAAUUAUCUAAGGGGUAAGAAUAAUAAAUUGGGCAGAUUCUAUUUGCUUCCAAAAAUUCACAAACGCGGCUGGUUGAUGUCCCAGGUCGUCCAGUUAUAUCUAACUGUGGGACACCGACGGAGGGUUUGUCGGAAUUAG